UUAUUAUUGCUCACACCUCAAGUCUUCUCUUCUUUCUACGGACCAUCCAUUGAAGCAACCCCAGGGAUUGUUCAUCUGACCAUCCGUGCGGUGGUUUCCGGGGCUCCUUCUUCUUUCAAGUUUCGAAAUCCCGCUAACAAUAAGAUCGUCGCUCAGCCCGCUACGCACGGAGCACUUCGGUUCGUCGUUGAGUGACAUUCUACAGUCGUUGCAACGACAGUCUCUCAUCCCAGCAAUUCAUCCACUGGCUUGACCGGAGACUCUCUCGUGCUGGACACGAUCGCCUAGGAAUUACCGUGCAGCCGGUCUGCGAGCGAAGGGUGAAAGGGUCCAUCACAGAGCAUCGCUGGUCGACUGCAACUCGUCACAUCAUCCAUACGUACGAUUGAGAUUGACUUGGCUCCACUUGGGAGUCAUUGCAAUCAGCAAGCAUGGGGCGCAAAUUCUCGAUCGAUAUACCGAAGCUGAAAAUCGGCACCAAGAACGAAGGCAGACCGAUCGACGCCUUGACACCCGACUCGCCUCAAACGCCAAUUCCGAAAAGCAUACUGCAGCUUCCGAGCGACCUUGAUGCUGAGCUACGAGCAGCGUGCACAUGGGUGGUGGAGAACUAUCGGCCGUCGCAUGAAGUAUGGUCGGAGGCCACGAGACCGGCGUUGAAUUAUGCCGCCGUCCAGAUCGGGCUCACGGCUGCCUUCGCCAACAAGGUAGAGGGAGUUGAGGAACAUAGGCUUCGAGGUCUACCCGAAUCUGGAAGUAGAUACAAGUACAAACCUGAUGUCCCAACAGAGGAUCUAUUUAAGAAUGAUGGAGAGGCGGCUUCGCAAGUCGAAAAUGCUGCUGCAGUCCCUGUCACUGCUGCUCGUGUUGAUCAGCUGAUGGUCGCGUCACAGCGAUCCAUGACGGUCACCACACACGCCGACUCUCCUACCCUGUCGAAGCCAGAGUCGGCUCAAUCAGACGCCCAUGACAUCAAAACACAGCCCGCGAAGCCUGUCCGACCCGACCAUGGCAGUACUGAGUCACAAGAGACACAGGUGUCAACGCCCGAGAGCGAUGCAACAGACAACGCUUGGAACAAUGCCUCUACGGGCAUCACCUCAGCCGUCAUCACACCAGCCUCGAAGCGCACUUCACCAUCACAUGCUACAGCGUUCGACUUCUCAAAUCCACAGAAAGUCGACUCGAACGCCGCGUUGCAUGGCCAUCGUGUACGCACGGAAUUGGAGAAACAUAAGAAAUUACAAGAGGAGCGCGAAAACAUGGCCCACUUGAAGACCAGGGAAUUUGCUGCUGCUGUUUCGAACGGCAUCUCGGUCUAUAAGCCAAGCGGGUCGUCAGAACCCGCUUCGGCUACUUUCACCACUGCACUCCCUGCUCUCUCCAACGCUUCGAGAGAAAACCUUCAGAACUCGCGAGGGCGUGCUCCCGAAGGUAGAUGUGUUCCUCACGAUAGUAAUUCUCCACAAAAUACACAGCGCCACCGCUCCCGAAGUCGGAGUGUCACUCGUGCAGUUCGCGAAUAUUUCCGACCAGGAUCAUCAGCGGCGGCCACUCGUAGUCGGAAGGCCAGUAUGGACUCACAAUACCAUUCAGCAAGACCAGUGGAACACCAAGAAGGCACUGAGGAAUACUGGUCGUCAACCUCGGCCUCGGCACGUCGUGGUCGAUGGAACCUGUGGCGCAGCGGAGGGCAAAAUCGACAGUACACUACUCCAGAUUACAGUCGCCCCUCGAGCGCCACAGGCUUUUUCUCUAGUAGACUGCGAAGCCGCUCGCGCGCCGGUUCGGCUGGGUCGUCAGCACAAGAGCUAGCAAGUGCAAAUGAUCAACGGAACGACAGCGUGCAAAGAGACGUAGCCGCACAACAUCAAUUCCACCAAAGGCCACCGAAGCCCGCCAUUGACCUCAAUCGCGAACUUCCUCCCUUGCCGAGUCUAGAUCAGUGGAAAUCUGAUGACGAAGAAGAGGAUUCUACAUAUCAUCCUGGGUUCUCCAACGCAUCGACCGCAUUCCAGCAACCGUUCGUCAACGAGCCCCUGCUGGAUGAGUCUCAGGCAGUCUUUAAUGCCAUCCUGCCUGCGAACGCAUCGUCCCGUCCUCUCUCAACAAUAUCUAUUGCGCCGCGUCCGAAGCGAGUUGCAGAAGUCAGCGAACAAGAAAUCUCUCUGACCCCGACAUCGGCUUCUCGACGUAGUCUCGAUUCGGGAAGUAUAUUGACGAAUGCACUACAACACAGUUCACCUCAACGAACACCCGGCUCUUCAAGGAACAGUCCGCGAGUCGCCACUACCGCCAGCGCACCGUCACCAUCUCACAAGAGCAGUAGUCCGGCAGUGUCGAUUCGUCACGUCCACUCUGCGUCUGCGGGUGGGUCAGACGGACAAUUACAAACAGCGCGUCUUUCUCGUCAAGGUCUCGCCCGGAGCAGUAGUGACGAGGAGACCCGCAGAAAAGAAAAUCGUGAGAAGCAAAGACUUAGCCUCAGUCAUAGCAAAAGUCACGGGUUAUUCUAUCGAGAUGAUGAGGUCCGUCGUCAUGACAUCGACGUCAACCCACUUCAUCGCACAACUGCCGCACAGCGGGUACCGGUGGGGAGCAGGACGGCCCAGCAGCAGCGUUACCACCUCAAUCCUCUGCAAAGCCAUCCUGUCAUGUCUCAGCCGGAUCUCCUUCAGCGUGAGGAUGUAAAGCAGCAGUAUCAACCCGAGCGGACGCCUCCCGAUGUCACCGCCGCCAUAAUCAAAGGCCGGAGAAAAUGGUGGGGCCUGCGCGAGGGCAAAGAAAGCCCCAAGCAAGGCCGUGGUCGUUUCUUCUCAUCGCCGCCUCCAGUCUCACACGCCCUACGCUCCGUGCAAGUGCCGUGGCAGCAGCGAUGCUGAUUCUCAGUCGUGUGUCGCAGUCGUGACGUGGCACAAAUGGUUCUAGCUGAUCGAUGUUCCCAUCCCCUCUUUUCCUUGUUCCAACGGAGGACUUCUCAAUUGCCACGACCGCGCGACCGGUCUGUGCUGCUGAAGCACUUGUCCUCAAGGAGAUUUGGCUCUCAAAACAACUCCCUGCCCUCACUUCUUUCCAUAUCACUCUGAGGAGAUUUUUUUUUGCCCAAAUUUGGCGUUGCAUGACCAAGCGCGUUGAAUCGAAAGUUUCAAUGGGCGCACUGUCCUUUCACCUAGCAUUUUAUUUUCCUUUUCCUUGGCUUCUCUUUGGGCUCGACUUCUUUUUUCAAUUUCUUUCUUGUUUCUCAUUUCUCAUCUCUUACAGAUACUUUUCUGAUACGCAUAUGUACAUGGACUACUGUGACUGUCGUCAACCCCGACGAUGGCCAGGAAAUGAAGGCUCAAUUUAUUUCCCCU